ACUUCGGUUUGGACCGUACCGUCCACCACCCCUACUUGAAAGUUGAAACGACCCCCAUUCCACCUCAGUUUCCGAUGACGCACAUGGCUUCCCUGACCCUCUCUACUAGAUCUAACGGUAAUCAAACAACACAACUCACUCUCUAGUCUCUAACUCUAUCCGCAAGUAUUCGAGAUUGAAAAGUUUAAACCUAAAUCUUCAAUCCAUUUGAUCUCAAAAUCGGAGCUAAUGGUGGAGGAAGUACAGAAAGCAGCGGAAGUGCCAAAAUCGGCUGCCGAUGAUAAGAAGCAGGAAUCAGAGGAGUCGUCUCUACCUCCUCCGAUUGUUUUGAGAGUGUUCAUGCAUUGUGAAGGCUGUGCUAGCAAACUCCGGCGAUGUCUCAAAGGAUUUGAUGGAGUUGAUGAUGUUAAGACGGAUUGCAAGACGCAUACGGUUGUAGUGAAGGGAGAGAAAGCAGAUCCGUUGAAGGUUCUAGAAAGGAUCCAGAAGAAGAGCCAUCGCCAGGUCGAGCUUCUCUCUCCGGUACCAAAAUCACCGGCGGAGCAGUCGGAAAAAAAGGAAGAGAAAGAGGCUUCCAAGCCUGAAGAGAAGAAAGAGGAGGCUCCUCCACAGGUGAUUACAGUGGUUUUGAAGGUCCAUAUGCAUUGUGAAGCUUGUGCUCAAGGAAUCAGAAAACGCAUUCUGAAGAUGAAUGGUGUGGAAAGUGCAGAAGCAGAUCUGAAGCAGUCAGAAGUGACGGUGAAAGGCACAUUUGAGCCACCGCAGCUGGCGGAGUACGUCAACAAGAAAAUGGGCAAACAAGCAAUGAUUGUGAAGCAAGAGCCAGAGCCUAAGAAACCAGAAGCCAACAACAAGGGUAAAGAUGGAAAAGUCGAAAAAAACGAAGGUGGUGCCGAUGAGAAAAAAGCAACAGGUGAAGGAGCGGCCAAACCGGCGGAGGCGGCCGGUGGCGCAGAUGACAAGAAAGUGGUGGAGCUGAGGAAGAAUGAAUUCAAUUUUUACCAAAGUAACCUUCCGAGAUACGCCGUGGAGUCGGCUUAUGGUUAUCCGGCGGCUCCACAAAUAUUCAGCGAUGAGAAUCCCAAUGCCUGUUUUGUUAUGUGAAUUUGGAAUUUAUGGUUUAAUUUAAUUUGAUGCUACAAUAUCCUAUUUUUGUUGCUAC